CCCUUUGGAAUUAGAGAGCGCCAUGGCCAACGAAGACUUGAGUAGCUGGAGCGAUCUCCUUCAUUCUUCCUCCAAGCUUCUCGAACAAGCUGCUCCUUCCGCUCAGUUCCCUCCUCUUCAGAGGAACUUAGACCAAUUAGAAGCAUUAUCUAAGAAGCUGAAAUCCAAGACACUAAGGACCGAGGCUCCUUCACAAUCGAUAGCUGCAACAAGGCUCCUUGCUCGUGAGGGGAUAAAUGCAGAGCAACUUGCAAGGGACCUGAAGUCAUUUGAAUUGAAGACAACUUUUGAGGAUGUUUUUCCUGUGGAGGCCACAAGUGUCGAGGAGUAUCUGCAGCAGGUUCAUGAAAUGGCAAUGGUAUCUGCUGUCCAGGAAGCUCAGAAAGACAAUCUUAGGAGUUUCAAUGACUAUAUGAUGAAAGUUUUGGAGGAGGAUUGGCAAAAGGAAAAGCGUGAUUUCCUUCAGAGUUUAAGUCGAAUUUCAACAUUGCCUAGGACAAACAUGCUUGCUGCCAGCAAUGUUGGUACCCACUCAGGUCAGGUUGUGUCAAUGGCUUCCGGUCCACAAGUUUCUUCUGGUGUGUCUAGCAUGGAUAUUGUUCCUCUGAGCAGCAGGCCUAUUAUGGAGAAAAAGGCAUCUCUAUAUGCUGAAGUUGUUAAGAAUCUUAAUAAAGCAAGGGAAUCUGGUUUACCAUUUAAACCUGCUGCAGCUUUCAGGGCUGCAUAUGAAAGUUUGGGCGUUGAAGCCAGUGGUGGAAAAUCAGUUACGAUGCGGAAGAUAUGGCACCUUGUUCAGAUGCUGUUGGGUGAGGACUCAACCGUGCAGAAUGUUUCUAAAAGGAUGGCAUUGAUUAUUGGGGCGAGACGCCAUCUUGAAUGGGGACAUGAGAAAUAUGUCAUGGAUACCAUACAAAGUCAUCCUGCACAAGCUGCUCUUGGUGGCGGCGUUGGGAAUUUGCAAAGAAUCCGUGCCUUCCUUCGGAUUCGGUUGAGGGAUUAUGGAAUACUGGAUUUUGAUGCUGGGGAUGCUCGGCGCCAGCCUCCUGUUGAUACUACAUGGCAGCAGAUAUAUUUUUGCUUAAGAACUGGGUAUUAUGAUGAAGCAAGAAAUGUUGCUCUCUCUUCCCGUGCUUCACAUCAAUUUGCUCCUUUGCUCACAGAAUGGAUUAAUACGGGAGGAAUGGUGCCAGAAGAGAUUGCUGUUGCUGCAAUGGAGGAAUGUGAAAGAAUGUUGAGAACUGGUGAUCGUGUAGGUCGAGCUGCAUAUGACAAGAAAAAAUUACUGCUGUAUGCCAUCAUAUCAGGUUCCCGAAGGCAUAUUGAUCGUAUGCUUAGAGACCAAACUCUAUUCAGUACAAUAGAGGAUUUCUUGUGGUUCAAAUUGUCAGCUGUGCGGGACUGCCCUAGUGGACCUUCAUCUAUUGUUCUAAGAGAUGGCCUGGUUCCAUACAGUUUGGAUGAUUUACAAACUUACCUGAAUAAAUUUGAGCCAUCAUACUAUACUAAAAAUGGAAAAGAUCCUAUGGUUUAUCCCUAUAUUUUGCUUUUAAGCAUUCAAUUGCUUCCAGCUGUGCUAUACAUGUCUAAGGAAACUGGAGAUGAAGGAUAUAAUGUUGAUGCUGCUCACCUAUCAAUUGUGCUAGCUGAUCAUGGUAUCCUCUCUGAAGGUGCUAGGCAAAAAUUAGGAGCGAUGGAUGCUUAUGCAGAAGUGUCUACCAUUAUCAGGCAGUAUGGAUCUAUGUAUUUGCGUCUUGAUGAUCUCCAAAUGGCAUUAGAAUAUUAUGCACAAGCUGCUGCUGCAGUGGGUGGUGGGCAGCUUUCAUGGACUGGUAGAGGUAAUGUUGAUCAGCAAAGGCAGAGAAGUUUGAUGUUGAAGCAGCUUCUAACUGAAAUAUUGUUAAGGGAUGGAGGAAUAUUCCUUUUACUCGGUCCAAGGGGUGCUGGAGAAGAAGGUCAAUUGGCUCGUUUUGUGACAGAUCCAAAAGCAAGGCAACAGUUCUUAAUUGAAGCUGCUUGCCAGUGUCAGGAGGCUGGGAUGUAUAACAAGUCUAUAGAAAUUCAGAAGAGAGUGGGGUCUUUCUCAAUGGCAUUGGACACCAUUAAUAAGUGCCUGUCUGAAGCUAUUUGUGCCCUUUUCCGUGGAAGGUUAGAUGGCGAGAGCCAGACAGCCGGGCUUAUCCAUUCUGGCAAUGAGAUUUUGGAGACAUACCAUUAUCAUCCGGAUGUCAGUCUUCAGGAGAGAGACCAUGUUUUUGAGCAGCAAACUGUGUUGAGACAACUUGAGUCUAUAUUGUCAAUUCACAAAUUGGCCAGAGUGGGGCAUCAUGUUGAGGCGUUAAGGGAGAUUGCUAAACUUCCAUUUCUUCCUCUAGAUCCUCGAGGCCCUGAUAUUGCUGUCGAUGUGUUCGAAAACUUAUCUCCUCAUGUCCAAGUUUGUAUCCCGGAUCUUUUGAAGGUUGCUCUCACUUGUCUGGACAAUGUGACGGACUCCGAUGGAUCACUCCGUGCCUUAAGGGCGAAGAUUGCGAGUUUCAUUGCAAAUAAUAUGAAGAGGAAUUGGCCCCGCGAUUUAUAUGAAAGAGUUGCCCAAAGGUUGUGAAGUAAAAUAUACAACGGAAUCUGUUUGGGCGAAGGUUUCUGUUGAAGUGUAACUGUAACCCCUGUAAAGAGUUGCCUACAGCCUAUAGGAGUAUGUAUUUCUAGGAACUAGAAAAUGUAAGUGAUAUACGCUGGUUAUGAAUUUCCGCACCCAUUUUUUAAGCUGGGGUACUGAGGACAUGUUUACGCAUGUAUGGUUAACAAAGAAUAUUUACUUUAA